AUGGAAAACCCAGCAGUAACACGUUUCAGGCAAUACUUACGUAUCAAAACUGUUCAGCCCAAACCAGAUUACGAGUCCUGUACCCGAUUCUUAUUAGAACAAGCAAAAGAAAUAGGGUUGAAAUCUAGUGUUUUUGAGUACGUAAAAGGAAAACCGAUAGUGCUGUUGACAUGGGAGGGUCGUGAUCCAAGUCUACCUUCGAUACUUUUAAAUUCUCAUACAGAUGUUGUUCCCGUUUUUGAGGAGAAAUGGAGUUGUAACCCAUUCGAAGCUUGUAAGCUUGAUAAUGGAGAUAUUGUUGCCAGAGGUGCUCAAGAUAUGAAAUGUGUUGGCGCAAGCUAUCUUGAAGCUAUCAGAUGUCUCAAGGAUCAAGACCAACAACCAUGUCGAACAAUUCACCUUUCAUAUGUUCCUGAUGAAGAAAUUGGAGGAAAAGAUGGAAUGGAACAUUUCAUUGAAACAAAUGAUUUUAAAAAAUUAAAUGUUGGAUUUGCUUUAGACGAAGGAAUUGCAAAUCCAAAUGAUGCAUUGAGAGUUUUUUAUGGAGAACGAGGCGUUUGGUGGAUUAAUGUUAUAACAAAAGGGAACACAGGACAUGGAUCACAAUUCGUAAAGGAUACCGCUAUUUCAAAACUGAAUCGCAUUAUCAACAGGUUUAUGGAAUUUCGCGAGUCUCAGGAACAACAAUUGGCAAUUGGUAUGAAUACAGAUGGAACGAAAUAUCAUGUUGGAGACGUGACUACCAUAAAUCUUACAAUGUUAAAAGCUGGUGUUCAACAUAAUGUUAUUCCAGAAGAAGCUACAGUCGGUUUUGAUAUUAGGAUCCCUCCAACAGUUGAUUUCACGGCAUUUAAAAACAUGAUAGAAGGAUUUGUACAUUCUGAGCCCGAAAUAGAAUUUGUGCAAUAUAAUGGAGCUGCAUACUAUACACCAUUGAGUGAAAAUAAUAUUUGGUGGGUUGUGUUUCGUGAUUUUUGUAAAGGACGCAAUAUUCCUAUUGAACCAGAAAUUUUCCCGGCUGGUACCGACUCGCGUUUUCUACGUGGCAUCGGAAUUCCGGCAUUAGGUGUUUCCUAUAUCAGAAAUACACCAAUUUUGCUACACGAUCAUGAUGAACGUAUAAAUGAGAACUUGUUUCUUGAAGGAAUUGAAUUCUAUAAAGAUUUAAUCUAUCAAUUGGCAAAUAUCCAGAAAUCUUAA